AUGGAGACUGACAAAGUGCCAAGCAUCAGCGAAAGAUUACAGCUCCUCAUGGACGAAAACCAUGAUCAGGUCGAGAGGCCAGCAGGUUCUCUUCUGGAGUGUUUAAUCAAAUCGCUAGAAAAGGAAAGACUGACAGAGGAAGCGUCCGUACCGCGGGCGCAAGAGGAAGAAGUAAAAACGGACGUUGCGGGAGAGUCCGGCACGGCAGGAUCCUACUACACCUCUUUCGUUCCGCCUCGACCAUACGCAGAUUAUUUUGAUUUCGACGGUGGACAAAUCGAAGUCGACCAGAACUACGAGUCCGAGAAUGAACACAACGGGGUUCUAAAUGCAAGCGCCGUGUUUGACACAGACAAAAAUGAUCCAUACCUCAGCGACGACAACGACGAGAGUAAGGGAUUGACAACGAGCGUGCUUCCCGUGUUUCAGGCCGAAGAGUCCCUAGAUGACACUGAUCAAGCGACUCAGCUGGUUAUAGACAAACUCAAUACUUUCAAAAAUGAAUUUAGGACCCUUAUCCAAAGAAUCGACGAAGCGUCUCUCGUUUCUCACAUGUCUACUUCUGUCACAGCACUUGAUCCUGGCAGCCACAUGGGGCCUAUGAAUUCGAUGGUUGGUGGUAUUCUAGACACUCUACAAUCACUUCAGCCCCCAUCUAGCCGAAAACGGUUUAGGCGAGACUCUGAAAUUGACAGAGCAAGCUUCAAAUCUCCUACCAUCAAUGUUUCCUCCAGGGAAGCGUCUGUGGAAAAUAUUGAAGAGGACGCCUGCUUCGGGUUGCCGAACUUCGGAGUAGUGCUUAUCAAAUCGCCCGCCACGGUUGCCCAGCUGUGGAACGAAUAUACUAAACUGCCGAGCGAAUGGGCUCUCCCCGACUGGUUCGAUGUGGUAUCCCAGCAACAUUCGAUAGAGUCGAGUGGGAUCCAAAGUCCUGUCCAGCUAAUGAAACGACGUACCUCCAUAAGAGAUCUUGAAAAGAAGUACGGCUCCUCGUGGCGUAAUAACGAUAAGAACUUCUCGCGCCAAGUCAACCGUCGCAAGAAGAUAUGGCUGGCAAUAGAGGAAGGUUUGGAGGACGAUAUUCCGUUGCAAGAGUGCUUUCAAUUACUGGAAUCUUAUGUAAAAGAAAGAGGGAAAGGCCUGAGCUGGUAUUAUAAUGGCGUUCCUUUUAAGUUGAUAGAUUUGAAGUUGUUACACUGA